AUGGAUCCAAUUCCAUCUCUUAGUAAGAUUUAUUCUUUGUUGAUUCAAGAAGAAACACAUAGAUCAAUCCCAAAUGCUUCUGUUGUUAAGGUUGAUUAUACUAUUUUUGCUGCUAAAGUGUCCACUAAUCAUGUCACUCAUGGUUCCAAUUUUGCUAAUUCUGGUGGGAAGGGUAAGGAUAGACCAAUUUGUACACAUUGUUGUAAGACUAGUCAUACUGUGGAUAAGGGCUACAAGUUACAUGGUUUUCCACCAAGGUUUAAGUUCAAGAAUAAACCUUCUAUAGCACACCAAGUCUCCUCAGGUUCAGAUUCAGAUAUUGCUUCUCCAUUGCAUCAAUCUUCUGCCUUCACACCUGAGCAGUGUCAGCAGCUUUUAGCUUUGUUUGGUGUACCCAAUUCUUCCCUUCCAGCAACACCUCAUGCAUCAGAGAGUCCAAUGGCCAAUGUAGCAUCUUCUUCCAACUCUACUAAAGUGGCAAUGGCAGUUGAUUUGUUAACCUCAAUCGCUGACCUUACUUCCUGGAAAACGAUUAGGGUAGGCAAGACACUUGAUGGAUUGUAUCUGUUGCAGUUAGAUAGCCUUCAACAAUCCUCUAGUUCUUCCCUUGCUGCCUUCUUAGCUGCUUACAACAUCAAUGAUGUUUUUAGUCACUUCACUGCAACAAUUUCCACACGUUUACCUUCUCAAUCUUUUUCCAUUUGGCAUGCAAGAUUAGGUCACCCAUCUGAUGUCAGACUUAAUACUUUAUGUCAUGUUAUUCCUUCAUUACAACCUUCAUGUAAUAAAGAUUGUAAAAUCUGUCCUAUGGCAAAACUUAAGAGAUUUCCUUUUCCUUUUCAUAAUAAAAUCAGUAAUUGUGCUUUUGAUUUGGUUCAUAUGGAUGUAUGGGGACCAAAUUCAACUCCUACUUUGGAUGACUUCAAGUAUUAUUUAACUGUUGUGGAUGAUGCUACAAGAGCAACUUGA